UGGGUUUUUCUGCAUAACAGUAAUCAAUCAGGAAGCCCCAUAAGAAGAAAUCACACGGGUUUAAGUCUAGUGAAUACGGGGGCCAUUAUAUACCUGUGUGUGUCAACUAGGGAUAUUCUAAAUCGAUGACACGUUCACCAUAAACUUCGUAAUACCAUCGAGUCAAAUAUAUAUUGUUUCAUCCUUACAUUCUAAGGCCAUUUUUACUGAGUACUCUUUUAUUUCCAAAUUUGGUACGAAAUAAAAGCAUUCGAAUAGAUACACCUACAACUGACAACAUUCUAAAAUAUACCAUCGUGGGCCCAGCCUUAUAUGGUAGAGUUGAGGGAGAAAGAGAUGCAUAUACUUUAGGCAACUUUCCAUUUGUCACCCUGUAUAUGUGUAGUAUAAUUCUCAGGUUUCAAUCUUCUGAUUAAUUUAUUUGUUUAGAAAAAGGUACCCGGGAAUGAAGUAUAUUAAUUCUAGUUUAUUUGAUACGAGAAAUAUAUUAAUAAUAAGAAAAUAAAUUAUUUGAAUUUAUAACUUGAUUUUUCUUUCACCCUUAGUGGUCCUCUAUACAAUUCCUAACAAAUUCUAUUACUACAAUGCUACAUAUAAAUACUUUUAUCGCAUUUUUAAGCUUCCAGUGCUUAGAGGAUUUUUUUAUUACAAUUUGGUACAUACACUAAUUAAAUAUGUGUGUGCUUAAUGUUGAGUUAAUUUACAAUAUGUACCUAAUGAAUUUUUUGACGUCUAAAAAAUACAGGGAAUUUCAUAAUUUCAUACAUGGGAAUAUCGUCGAUGGUAUUGAGUACAAAUUUUUGCAGUAGCUAAAACUAGAAAUAAAGUUCGUUAGUUUAUAAACAAUUUUAAAAAUAGAAUCUUUCUAUUUGGGUAAACUAUAAACAUCGUUCACUGAACAGACUGCAGGUACAACAACUUUUUUCUUGACAUAAGAAACUUCUGUUCAAAAUAGCUCCUAAACUAUGGGUUCUGAUUUAUUUUACACCGAAUGAAUUAUACAGUAACCUUCAAGCUUUCAAAUUUAUCUCUCCUCGGUCAAUCAAAACCAUAUUCAGCGACCAUCCAUUAGUUCAAAAAAUUUACGACAUCUACGAAACUCUCAUUGCUCUUGAUAUAACAGUCUCUCUCAUCUGGCUUCCAUCGCACACUGAAAUAGCUGGAAACGAAUCUGUAGAUCGCUAUGCUAAAGAAUUCGCGAAAUUCCAGUUCAGCUUCCAUCCCAUCUAAUUCUCACCUUUCCCUAAGCUUUUUGAGUAGGAGAGGAGCUGUGACUAUAAGAAGACUCCGCAUCAACCACACAAAACUUCUAUUUGAUGUCGUCAGAAAGUCGUCCUGUCUGCCAAAGUUGUGACUUUCCUGUGUCUGUUAAGCACAUCCUCACUAACUGCAGAGAAUAAUCUUCUGCAUACCAGCAGUUUGAUAUGAAAACCAACUUCAAGGAGACACUCAACAGUCCGUCAGAAAUGAAGAAAAUUAUACGUAGUUUCUUAACGCUACCAAGCUGUAUGAGAAAAUAUAAUUAAUUUAUGUAUUAUAAUAGAUUUUUUAACAGUCCUUUAUUUAACUUAUGUAUAAUGUGAUUAUUUUUAUGGCAAUGGCCAGCGAUAUCGAGGCACUUUAAACUGAUAUAUCGCACAAAUAUUGACGUUUACUAUUUUCAUAACGGAUUUGAUUAAAAUAAGCCAAAAAAGUUGAGUAAUUUCUCACCUCAAUAUCUUUAGCUCGUUAAGUUGAUUGAAAGUAACUGUUUCCAUAUUGGUGUGAAUUAGUCUGCUACUUAAGUAUAAUAAAUUUGCGUCUAAGCACUAAGUCUUCAUCACUUAACGAUUAGUAGAUUAGGAUGAAUGACUAAAUUUGAAAACUUGCUUAAUUAUAUUCCCAAAAAAGCUAAAUUUUCAAGAAAAAGCAAUAAUUACAUCGCGUAUUUAGUAUUUAAAAAUAACAAUUCAGAUUUCCCUUGAAAACGCUGAAUAAUGUCAUGACUUCUUGAAUGACGUAGACAAUGACAUGUGUCAGGUGUCAACUGUCAACUAAAAAUCAAAUGUAUAAAUGAUUAUUUUUGUCAUAUUGACACCUUGCUAAAAAUUGUAACAAAGUGUCCCACACUUCACUAGAUAAUGUUCGAAUGAAAUAAAUAAAUAAUUUAAUAAGUUGAUUACAUUAAAAAUUUCAUUAGGUAUCAUUAUCUAAAUACGGGGCUUGAAGAACCCGCUUAAACAUAUUAUACAAAUGAAUGUAUGAAUAAUUAUAAAUUUCUUUACUUUAUUAUUCCUUAGUCCUUUUGGUAUUUUUGAUAUAUUUAUCUAAAUAGUCUUGAUUUUAGAUCUUUUUGUUUUCAAAUUAGUUUUUUUUAUAAUUUUUGAAAGAUGUUUCGACUACAUACAGUCUUUAUUUUGAUAAAAAAAAUUUAUCUCUCUUUAAAAAAUUAUCAAAAAAAACUAAAACCGAAGAUACCUAAAAUCAUGAAGAUUUAGAAACAUAAAAAAUUAUAGAUACCCCCCGUAGCUUCGCUUUUUUAUCAUGAUUCAAGGCACUAUCAAUAACACGUUUCAAAUAAUUGUUUUUACAUAAAUAAGUUAUCGAUAUGCUUUUUUAAAAUUAUGGUUACUAUUAUAGCGUUUUUGAAAUACUUUUAAUGACUGUCGUUAAUUUUGUACAGUUAUCAGAGAUAAGAAAUACGAUAACGGAAAUAGAAGCGUCAACUAUUGUUUGAAAUUAACUGUGUAGUGAUAUUUCAAGGUGUACGCCGCGCGCCUUUAACAAAAUAAAAACAAGUGAGUGAUUCCUUAUUUUCAAUAUGAAUGAAGCAAUAGCCAUAAGAAUCUGCACAUAAUCGUUAACGUGACAGAUUGAAAAUUCAUAAAUUCACAAAACAGGAACGUCAUAUUACGUACAGUUUUUCAGAAGAAUAAUUUUAAAAAUAAAUAAAACAAAAAAGAUCAGGCGGAAGGAUGAAGCAAGGAGAUCUGCGACGGACUCUUCUACUUGUUAUCCUGUUCUGCAUUUUCCUUUUUUUCUACUUAUAUUGGCAACAAUCCACCAAAUACGUUCCCACUGUGAUUUAUAAUUUCAAGUACAGUCACCCGACUUCAAAGAAAUCCAUUCCUUCGCAAUGGACAUGGGACUGUAUCAAUCAACGAUGCGAAAGACGAUACACGAAAGACUCUCAAAAGCCCGUUUCUUUAGCAACAUGCAGCAUGCUAUGCAGUUCAACGCAGCUCUGGCCUCAGCCUACCGGCCCUGUUACUUUAGGUAGCAGAGCACUAACAUUCAAUCAUAAUCAAUUUAUUUUCGAAAGCGAAACCGUCAAACCGGCUUUUUAUUUACUUCAAGAAGCUUUCGCCUCUUUUAACAACAAUAUCAUAAGUUUAGUAGAAAGAUCUGAUUACGUUAAAGAUCAAUCGGAUUUGAAACAAUUUAUUAUAAAAGUUAAAAUAACUCAUCCGGAUGUUACUAAACUGACAUUGCGCACCGACGAAAGUUAUACUCUGAUCUUAAAACCGCAGGAAAAUACUAUUAAGGCCAACAUUACAUCGAAAACAUUUUUCGGAGCGAGAUGCGCAUUGGAAACAUUAUCCCAAUUGAUAUGGUGGGAUCCAUAUACAAAUGGUGGAAUGCUUAAAGUUAUAAAAGGCGCUACGGUGCAAGAUAAACCCGCCUUCCCUUACAGAGGCCUUAUGGUUGAUACGUCCCGAAAUUUUAUGUCUGUAGAUAGUCUUAGAAGAGUUUUGGAUGGUAUGGCUGCUAGUAAACUAAACGUGUUCCAUUGGCAUAUCUCUGACAGUCAAAGCUUCCCUUUGGUCGUACCUAGUGUACCUUUGCUAUCGAAAACUGGGUCUUACGGACCAGAUAUGACGUAUAGUCCUGAAGAAGUGAAAGCUUUAGUAGAAUACGCUAAUGUUAAAGGUAUAAGAAUCGUUUUGGAAGUUGAUACUCCUGGACACGUUGGUAAUGGAUGGGAUUGGGGACCCACUGAAGGACUAGGUGAGCUCGCAGUCUGUAUAAACGAACGUCCAUGGAGCUUAUACUGCGGUGAACCACCUUGUGGUCAACUUAAUCCCGAGAACCCACACGUAUACGAAAUUUUAGGAAAACUGUAUAAAGAUCUACUGGUUCUCAGUGGUGAGACUGAGAUUUUCCACCUUGGAGGUGAUGAAGUCAAUUUAGAAUGCUGGUCGCAGCAUAUGCAAAAAUCGAGUACUGCUUAUAAUUAUACAGAUCUCCAUGAUCUAUGGGGGGAAUUUACAGUGAAAGCUUUGAACAAAUUGACAGCGGCGAAUGGUGGAAAGAAAAUACCUCACGUUAUACUAUGGUCCAGCAAACUUACUAAAAGACCUUAUCUCACUAAAUAUUUGGAUAAAUCGCAAAUUGUUGUACAAAGUUGGGGAGGAAGUCAAUGGAGUGAUACCCCAGAUUUGAUUGCUGAUGGCUAUAAAGUAAUCAUUUCACACGUAGAUGCUUGGUAUUUGGAUUGCGGUUUUGGACGUUGGAGAGAAACUGGUGAUGCCGCUUGUGACCCAUACCGUCCGUGGCAAACUGUUUAUAAUCACAGACCCUGGCAGCAAUUGCAUCUCAAUAAGCAACUAAUUCUUGGAGGAGAAGCUUGUCUUUGGAGCGAGCAGUUCGACGAAGGAUCUUUAGAUGCGAGACUAUGGCCUAGAGCAGCUGCAUUCGGAGAAAGAAUGUGGAGCGAUCCUCAAAUCGAUAUUUCCACAUUUUCCAUUCCAGAAGAUGUAUACACGAGAUUAAAUACUCACAGAGAUAGGUUAGUGAAAAGGGGCAUUCGUGCUGAAGCUCUUUGGCCGGAAUGGUGUUCCCAAAAUCCCGGUAUGUGCCUUUGACAUAUCAAGCGUACAUUAGAAGAUAUCUUCAAAGUUUAUUCCUUCACAAGUGAUAUUAGUUUAAUAAAUAUAAAAACAUUUUUCGAUUACCACAAUGGAAUUUUGUUGCUGAGUGCUUUCUCAUGACUGAAUUGUUUUGGAGAUUGAUCUCAUAUUUUUAAAAUUUGUAUAGUAUAUUUUUAGGAAAUAAAAAAACAUUUCAUAGGAUUUAAUAUUUAUAGAAAUAAUAAAA